AUGAUUCUUCAUUCUAUCGUCGUUCUAGCUCUUGCCAGCCUCAGUAAUUCAAAAAACUUUGGCUACCUCCAACCACCACGACCUGUGGCAAACAGUUCCGACCUCUACGAACGACAAACCGGUUGCAACGGCGGCGGUGCUGUAGAGAUAGACUGCGACGGAACUUGCAUCCCCUACAACUACGACUGCUGCCGCCUUGGCGACGGAUCCUACUGCGAGACCCUAUGCGACCCUCUCGGCGGCUGCAAGGACAGCAAGGCCGGUAACUACCCCGGCGGCGACAACGGUUCCGGGGGUGGAUAUGGCGAUGACGAUAGCGGCGACGACGGUGACUCGGAUGGUGACGGGUGUCAGGAUGGUUAUACCCCUUGCGGCAUACUCUGCAUCCCACCGACUGGAAUGUGCUGUGAUAAUGGCGGCGGCUGGUGCAAGUUGGGCAAAUGCACGUCGAACGGGGAAUGCGAUCUGAGCGAGUAUGAGGACGGAGCACAAAGCAGUGCCGGCGCUCAGACGGCCACAGAAGCAAAUGGAAGCAGAAGCACUGGUAGUAGUAGUAGUGGGAAGGGCAAUGGUAGUGACGAGAAGGAGAGCUCCAACAAGGAUGAGGACAGUAAGAGUGGUGAUGAUAAGGAUAGCGACGAGGAGGCCAGCGAGUCCAAGGAGGGAGACAAGAGCAAUGAUGCUCCCCUUCAUCUCCCGACCCUCGCUGUUGGCCUCGUGGCACUCGUUCCUCUCCUGAUGUAG